AUGGCGGCGGCGGUGGCCGGGGCCGCCCUGCUGGGCAAGGGGCUGGACAUCAGCCUGGCGGCGCUGCAGCAGCACGACCCCUACAUCAGCAGCAUCGUGGACGUGGCCAGCCAGGUGGCGCUCUACACCUUCGGGCACCGCGCCAACGAGUGGGAGAAGACGGAUGUGGAAGGAACACUGUUUGUUUACACAAGAUCGGCUUCUCCGAGGCAUGGCUUCACAAUUAUGAACAGGCUGAGCAUGGAAAAUCGAACAGAACCAAUUACUAAAGACCUCGAUUUCCAGCUGCAGGAUCCUUUUCUGCUAUACAGAAAUGCCAGAUUGUCCAUAUAUGGGAUUUGGUUUUAUGAUAAGGAAGAAUGCCAAAGAAUUGCAGAGCUCAUGAAAAACCUAACUCAACAGGAACAAUUCAAAGCACAGCAGGGCACAGGAACAGGAGCAUCCCCAAUGAUCAUGAAUUCUACUAAUAACAAAGAAGUGGAUAUCUUACGGAUGCUUACCAAAGCCAAAGAUGAGUAUACCAAGUGUAAGACCUGCUCAGAGCCAAAACAAAUGACCAGUUCCUCUGCUAUCUAUAACAACCCUAACCUAAUCAAACCAAUUCCAGUGAAGCCUAGUGAAAAUCAGCAUCAACGAGUGUCUCAGCAAGGCAAGAAUACAGAUUCUGAACCACAACACUUGUCUCUGACAGCACUGUUUGGAAAACAAGAAAAGCCAGAUGUCUCAGAACCACAUAGUAAACAGCACCAAGAGAAUCUUCCUGUGAGGCAGGGGGUGGUACGAUCAUUGUCUUAUGAAGAACCUAGCAGACAUUCACCCUCUGCAGAGAARCAGCUUUGCCCAGCAAUUCAGAAGCUCAUGGUGCGUGGAACAGACCUACAUCCACUUGCUGAGUUUCCUGAGAACCGUCUCUGUGAAAAUGGCAAUAUCCACCCUGUGGGUGAGGCUUUCACGGGACUCUUCCAACCUGUGGCUUCUCAUGGCAUUGCAACAUCUCAUGUAGUCCAGGAUACUGCUGGCACUCAGAGCUUAUUACAGAAAUUACAGGGCCCAUCGGGAUCAGUCCCUAAAGUGGACCCCAGUGCAACAGGACCUGUAAGCUCAACAGCUUCAGUCUUCAGCAGGACUCCUGCUGCUGCUGGAGCCCCAGCAGCACAGGUAAACAGUCUCACCCAGCCACCUUUGGUGUACUUCAAUGGUUCCCUUCCAGGCCAGACUGUGGAGUCUCACCCCGUUGGUAAAGAACAGUCCAAACUUCCUAGACAGACACUUUCUCUCUCUGGCAAUCAAGCAACCAAUUCUGGGGUGAUUUCACCUCAAGAGCUACUGAAAAAACUCCAGAUAGUGCAACAAGAACAGCAGUUGCACGUAUCCAGCAGACCCACCUUGGCAGCUAAGUUUCCUGUUGUUAUACAGAACGCCAGUACACUGAAACCACUGGAUUCCUGGAUAGACAAGGCACCAGGGGUGGAAAAACAGAGCUCUCUCUUUCAGGUGAUCUCCCCGCAGCGUAUCCCUGCCACCGUGGCGCCCACCUUGCUCAUGUCCCCCAUGGUGUUCGCGCAGAGCGCAGCGGCCGCUCCAGCCAAAGGCAGCGAGAGCGGGCGCCUGGCGGCAGCAGCAGCAGCAGCCCCGGACCCUGCCGCCGCCCCGGCCAGCCUCCUCCUGCCCCUGCAAGCCCCAGAGCCGCCCGCGGGCAGCAGCAGCUCCGUGACCAAGAUGCAGCUGCAGGAAACUCUUGUGCACCUCAUCCAGAAUGAUGACAACUUCUUAAAUAUUAUUUAUGAAGCAUAUCUCUUCAGUGUGAGAAAGGCGGCAAUGAAAAAGCCCAUGUGAAAGCUGAUUUUUAAAUUAAAUUCCAAGGACUUCGUGAAUCCAGGGAAAAGUUUCAGUUUCUUUCAAGUAAUGUUAUGUUUUAAAAACUUCUGUCUUUAAAAAAAAUUAAACUGAAAUGGAUGGUCUUUAGGCACUUUGCAUACAUGUAGAUUUUGCUUAUUGGCAAGUGAUAUGUGAUGUAUUGAGAAAGAAGAGGUGGGUGGAAACGGRUUGUGCCUUCAGGGAGGGGUCUGUCACAAUACUGAAGAUUUAAUCACAAAAUAUCUUAAAUUAUUUUUCUUAUAUGGGCCCAUGCUUAUGAUUGUUUCUCCUGCRUAAAGCCUCUGAUCUCCAAGUACAGUUUCCUUUUUUAAAUUAUGCUGUGGUUAUUCAUGGACUGGAUAUUUUACAUGGGUUUUCUCUGAGAGAGAUGCCAUAAGCAACUUUGGAAACGAACAGUUCCCAUUUCUGGACGCAUGGUGGCAAUGUUGGACUUAUUUUCAGCCCCGCGACAAUAUUGGCAAAAUGUUAAAACUGAAAGUUUCCUAAGUAGACUUCCAUCACCUCAUUUAGUUGUCUGCAGAGCAAUUUAGAAACUAUUUAGAAGAAAUGUCAUGACUUUCCCCAAAAUUUUUGUAGAAAAAUCUUUUUCUAUUUUAACAGCAAUAUUUUUAGCUAGUUGUAGAAAAGGGAYGCUGGAAGGGCUCUGGU